AUGGAUGUUGUGCUUUUUUGUUUGUUAAUGUUUAUUGUUGUGUCACCUACUUACACUCUUGAUGGAGAUCAUAUCUGUAAAAGGACUGUGAAAACGGAAAGGGGAGAACAUGAAACAAAGGAGAUAUGCUGUAUGGACUUUGAAGAAAAGAAUAAUAAGUGUGUAGAAUGCAGUCCAGGCUUUUGGGGAUGGAACUGUACUGACAUGUGUCCAGAUAAUUAUUUUGGAAGAAAAUGCUGGACAAAAUGCAGCUGUAAUGAAACGCAAAUUUGUCAUCAUGUGUGUGGAUGCCUGCAAAGAUUGGACUUGGAUUAUUCAAAUAUGACAAACAAUGGUACUAGUAUCUUUUUAGAGAAUGUGACGUAUUCAUCAUUUGCAGAGGAGUGUCCUACUAGAUAUACUACAACGGAUUCAGAGUCUGCUUUUGGAAAACAUUCCCCGGAAUCACAUUCUAGAAUAGCAUUUCUUAUUGUAGCAGCAAGUGUCACUGGUGUAUGUAUUGUAUUCGGAAUAGGACUAUUAUAUCGGUUGCACUUGGGGAGAAAUAAAGCAGAAUGUCGCGUUCAUCACAAUAUGGUGUACGAUUUAGGAGAUACAUCAAGGAUUCGGGAAAACCCAUGUGUACACAAAGAGCCAGCAGAGCCUCUGUAUGGUGAAUGUAGUUACGAAGAUACCUGCUACAGUACAUUGGUACUAAGAGUGAACAAUGAAUCUGGUCGGGAACCUAAUACAUUACGACAGCCAGCCUUUACAGAUGAUGACAAUAUAUAUGAGUAUGCACAUCGUUAUACACAUCACAGUGAUGAAGGACGGCCAACAGACGUGUAUAUUACUGAUAUGACUGAAGCAGCUGAAUAA